AUGCCUUCCAAACUCCAAGAUUAUGACAUCCUCAGUGAAAUAGGAUCUGGCUCAUAUGGAACUUGCAAGAAAGUCCGACGUAGAACCGAUAACAAGGUACACUACAGUAAUACACAAAACUCCUUCGAUCCUACUGCAUCUGACACUCCCGUACUGCGACUAAAUUUUGCAGCCUAACUUUCAUUGUACGCUUGAGCUUGUGGAAUUAAAAGAAGUAACCGUAGAAAACCUUAAUAACAAUUUGUCCCCCCGUUAUGGAACCUUGGAACAAAGUUGAAGUCCAUGGGUAAAAUUUUUCCAUGAGCAAAUUCACCAGCAAAAUUUGUCGUAAAGAAUUCCGUCGUAAACAUUGCAGUCACACCAGUUGUUGAUGUUGACCUUCAAUAUUGUGAUUCUCUGUUAUAUUUCUGAGACAGAAGCUUAAUUUUCCUACCUGCCUAUGUAGCUCAUUGUAACUCAGGUGCAUAGGCCAAGUAGGCUGGUUGGCUCAAGACCAACUUACCGUCUAUUCAACAAAAGUUGAACAGAUGUCUAGUGCAUGGAUAAAGUUGAAAGCAAAGGAAGAGAAUUGCACGGCUGUUUUACAUUAAGGUGAUAUUACACGAGAUGAUUUGCAACAACAAUUUUCAGCACAACACAGCGCAAUGUUGCAAGAAUGCUGGGAUGCUGCAUUGCACUAAAAAUCGUUUCGAAUUGUCCCGCUGUGUGACAUCACCUUUAUGCAUUCAAUAUUAAAUUUCAGGGUGCAACUAUUGUAACUGGGUCCACCUAGACAAAGUUGACCAAUCAGAUUCACGAUAAUAACAAUACAUCCUAAAAAAGUUGGUUGUAGGCCAAUCACCAACUCAUAAUUUAGAAACAAUAAGUUACUCGAAGCACAAAAUUUAAAUAUGGAUAGCAAACAUUUUUCAAGAAAGCAAUUUUUUUUACAGGACAAUCUUUUUCUAUUUGAAACUUUACAUGCAACACCCAGGGGACAUGUGUUUGACCCAAGCUGUUGUUUUGCCAUCUACUAGCAAUUUCUUCACUACCAUUGCUGUAGCUUGCAAUAAAUAUGUGACCUCAAGUUAAAAAUAUGACUAACGUUUACAUUCCAACAGACCUCUCAGGAAACAUAGGCUUUCUUCAGUGGGUUUACAAGGUCACAUCUGUAGGUUGUAAUUGGUUGAUUUUAAUCCAUGUUGUUGAUUUCAUUCGGAGGCAAGGUUUUAGCCAGAAGGGUGUCCAGCAGUCCCAUGAAUGCCCAUUUUUGGAAGAAAUACAAGGAAUUUAUUCAAUUAAUUUCCUAUAAUUUUAUGGGAAAACAUGCCUUCUGGACGGCCAGUUUUCAAUGUCUGGCUGAAAGCCUGUUACAAGGUAAUGUUUGACAACUAACUUUUUGGGAACGUAUUGUUAUUUUCCUGUCAUCCAAUAAAAUAUUAGUUAACGUUGUCCAGGUGGCCCUGGUUAUAGUAGUCACACUGUAACUUGUUCAGCAAAAAUUGUUGAACAAAUCUUUCGAAUUGCUUUCACAGAAUUGAACUUCCUAACAUUUUCCCAGAAACUAUUGAGAGAGUGUUAGGGAAUUCAGCCUUUUCGCCCUUAAGGUGUUUGCCUAGUAAACUGCACUUAUCUCCGACAGCCUGGCUGUUACGGUAAGUUGCAAUGAGAAGUGUGACCAUGAAACAGCAACAUAAGGCAGACAAAAAUAAUGGUAAAAAAUGACCAAAAGGUGGAUUGAAACUAUUAUGACAGGAAAGAAGUAAAUCGCAGACAGUUCGCAACAUUAAAAAAAACAAACCACACUUUGUUCAACUGUAUACUGCAGAUUCUAGUCUGGAAAGAACUUGACUAUGGCAAAAUGACAGAAGUAGAAAAACAGAUGCUUGUCUCUGAAGUGAAUCUCCUAAGAGAAUUAAAGCAUCCACACAUUGUACGGUACUAUGACAGAAUUAUUGACCGUUCCAAUACAACCAUUUACAUUGUGAUGGAGUUUUGUGAAGGAGGAGACCUUGGAGCAUUAAUAGCCAAACACAGGAGAGAAAAGUAAGUCUCGAAGAUAUUAGCUAUAUAGUGAUAUUAGCUACUCUAAAACUCGAGUUAAAAUAAAGGUUAUGUAUGUAUGUAAGUCAUGUGCAAAUUAUAAAAAUUUGGGGAUUAAUACAGUGUUCCAGAUAAGAGACAGGUCUCACGUCAAUGACCCGACAAAGAAGGCUCCCUGAUCCGACAGAUGACAUAUAUAAGUGUUAAGUUAAAUAUAACGAAAAAAAUUAACACAUGGUCUUGGUGACCUCUCAGAUGGUCUACAUGACUUCCCCCUGCAAAGAAUUAACUGGAAUGCUGUUAAUAAUAGUUUUGUUGAGACCAUUUCUGGUAAUCAAUAAUAUCAGACAUGAGGAUUGAGGAGUGUUUCAUUUGGAUUGAAAAUAUAGUGGCUUUUGGGGAUAAGUUUAGCAUUGGUGUGGUAGUUAAGGUCACUCAUAGUCUGACACUAUGUCCCUUUUUACCCUGCCCCCCCACCCCCCCCCCCCAAUUCUUGCCAUUCAAUGCUACCAAAUAAUAAAAAAAAGUUUCCUUAUGUUGGAAGCUAUGAUCCUGAUUUUCAACCAGAAAUCUUAAAUUUAUACUUGUUAGGAGAUACAUGGAUGAGGAAUUUAUUCUCAAGAUUAUGCACCAGCUGGUCAGUGCACUGCAGGAAUGUCACCGCAGAAAGGAUGGUGCGCAUGUUUUGCAUCGGGAUCUGAAGCCAGCAAAUGUCUUCUUGGACAGCAGUGAUAAUGUCAAAUUAGGAGAUUUUGGAUUAGCAAGAGUUCUUCAACAUGACACCAGCUUUGCUAAAACGUUUGUUGGGACUCCUUACUACAUGUCACCAGUGAGUAAUAUACAGUUAAACCUCUCAGUAAUGGGCACCUUGGCAAUGCCUUGGGGGCAAAAGAGAGUGGCUGUUAUAGGGAGGUAGGAGGGUGGGGGGAGGGGGGGUACUAAUAUGACACCUGUUUUUUACUGGGGGAGAGUAAAAUAAUAAAAUUUUAUUUUGCCAAGUUCAUGCUUACCAGUGUAGUCUACAAUGGUGAUCCAAUCAUAAAUAAAUAUAUAUGGAUAAAAUACACAAUAAACUUUAAAUAAUGUCUUGAAUCAAAAUCAUGUUAACAAGAGAGCAAGGCUUGCAAAACAUUCACUAUAAAUCUUAUAGAUAUAUUAUAUCAAACACAAUCAAAAUAAGUAUAACAUUUUGGUUGUAGAAAUGUACUGUUCCAAAAACAAAUGUUGAUUACUGGAUCAGUUUAUACAACGUUCGCAUUGCAGAUGUUUUAUUUUCUUUUAAGUGACAUAAAGCUGUUGUCCAAUAUUGUUGGCUAUAAAUUGCAGUAAUGAGAACCCAUAUUAAAUGAAAUUAAAUCAUUAUUUUAUUCAGUCUCUCAGCACUUAUGUCAUAAGGAGUUUCCUCUGUACUAAAGAACUUUUGUCAGCAGUAAACAGAAAUUACUUGUUACAUUUACUAAAUUGAAUGGACAGGCACUUAAUCCAGACCAAAUUAUUGACUCAUUUUCCUACAUAGUCUCUGACAUGUAGAUUCAAUUUGUUUGCAGGAACAAGUAAAUAAGCAAAAUUACAAUGAAAAGUCAGACAUCUGGUCGCUUGGAUGCCUGGUUUAUGAGCUUUGUUCAUUGUCACCACCCUUCACGGCACUAAAUCAAAGGAGUCUUGAGGCCAAGAUCAGAACUGGAAAAUUUCGCCCAAUCUCUGAGCGUUAUUCACAGGAUCUAAGUGAUGUAGUGAACUCAAUGCUUAAAGUAAAUGUAAGAAGUACAAGGAUAAUAAUGUCAGUGUUUGAUGUCUUUCUCUUUCAAAAAUUGUUUGAUUUAUAUGAUUAUUUAAUAUUAUUGCUCUGUAUGACCUUAAAUUUUCUGGCACACAGGAGGAACGCAGACCAUCAAUAGAUAAACUUCUUGGUUGCUCGAUUUUUCAGAGGUUUCAAAGAGAUUCAGAUCCAUCGUGAGUACCAAGUUUCCUUUGAUUUGGUCAAUUUACUGAGCAUUUAACUUUUUCCAUGAAACAAUAAGGGACUGCUAGCGAUCUACAGUAUGUGCAAGACUGUGUUCAAGCAGAACCCUGGCAUUCCCUGUUGUCUUACUCCACCUUUGGGUGCCAAAUAAAUCUCAGUGUUUGCACAAGGCAUUAAUAAAAAUUAUUAUAUGGCUACAGUACACACGCUCUGAUUGGCCGUUUUCUUGUAGUGACUUGGCAUUAUUUUGUUGUAAUGACCUGGCAUUACAAGCUUGGUGUUUAAGGCAUAUACAAUCUGUAUUUACAUUGAUAGUGGACACCCUUAUGAACAUCCAUGUUAUAGUCAAUUGACAGCUGUCAUAAAGGGUAUCCACCGACCAAUGCCACCUGAAUGUGAUGGUGGGCUCAAUAUUGUACAACUCAUUGAGGUGCUGUGUUUUCUUAAAGUUGUCUGCUGACCAGUUGGCUUUAAUAAAUUGAUCACAGACUCGGGUCCAAAAUGAAAAGGCCAUAUAAUAAAUAACUUAUUAACCUUGCCCAUCGGUCAUUGCAGGGAAAUCACAGAUCUCAACCUUGAUGUAUUGACAUGUAUUGCUAUCGCUCGGUCAAUACAUCAAGGCCUCAGUCUGAGAUUUCCCUAGCUGUAAUGACCUCACUCUUGGUUAAUAAGUAGUAUGUAUUGACUCACAUCAAGUGUUAUGUCUCUGUGAAUUUGCAUUUCAUUAACAAGUGGGAUGAGCCCAAAAACCUACAUGUAUUGUUAUCCAGAAUAUUUUCUUCAAUUCACCAGGGCACAAAAUUGUGUCGCAUAUUCUUAUACAUGUAUUUGUUUGUUCCUUAAGAAAUGAUGGAAAGAAGAAAGAGGAAUUCCUCAGAAGAUGGGAAAGACAACUUACUGAGAAACAGAAAGAAUUGGACAGUAUGUAUAUACUUUAAUAGUACCAAAUGAAAUUAUUUCAAAUCAGUGUCAUUUAAGUGUUGUUUGUAUGGCAUCUACACAGUCGUAACUUCAGUUCACAGCAGCUAGGUAUGCUGUACAUUAAAAAAUUAUUAAUUAGCACUAUUCAUGGAAUUCUUUACCCACAGGAAGAGAGAAAAUGCUUUUAGAGAAAGAGAGAGCUGUAAGCGAAAGAGAAGAUAAAGUUACAAGGUACUUGCUGCUAAAUUAUUUUCUUUUGAACCAAUGGCACAGUAAGCUCACAACAAUUAGCAAAUAAAAGAUCAUUGUGGGGUUUCUGGUGCCUCUACUGUGACCGGACCCCCUGGCAGUAAACUCCUUCUAUAUUCCAGUUGAAUUAUCUUCAUCACGAACAAUUUCUUGAAAGUUAGACAGAUCUUUACCAGAUCCGUUCAGCCGUAACAGUUGCUGUUAUUUGCAACCUCAUUUUGUUGAGGAUGAAAAAAUUGCUCCUUUAGUUGGAGGGACGUGUGGGGAGGCUGAUCAUGGUUUCUGAAUUCAUUCAUGUUCGUCAACCAGCAAUGAACCAUGAUCAGCUGAUCAGGGCUACUUGUACCACCUUCCCCCAAUUUAUGGAACAAUUUUGCAGCCUCAUAAAAGUGAUGCUACGAACAACAGCAAGCACCACUAAUGAAGAAAUCGCACUAUUUGCUUUAGUUAUUAAAUCUUUUUUAACGUCCUUGUUGCCAUUGCUGUCAUCAGAUCUUAAUGUUCCUAUUGACGGUGUAUCUCAUCACUGAGGAAUUGUUUAAAUUCACCUUAAUUUAAUCACACUUUUAACUGUUUUUUUUUUUCAACCUAAUGAAAAUAACCUUGGAUUUGCAUACAGCUAUUUCGAGAAAGGUUGUCGGAAAAAGUGCACGCGACAAUCCCGAAAGGUGGGUGGUUUUGAAUUCACUGUUCUCCAAAGAAGUUUGAAAGAAUGACACGAAAGGCCAUGGACGUAUGUUUGCAGGAGCUCAAAGAAAGCAACAAAAGUAGGUUCGACAGCUACAGUGUCAGGAACAGUGUAUUGAUCAUAUCCCAUAUUGCCUUUCGGGAUCGUCACGUGCACAUUUCUCUGACAACCUUUCUCGAAAUAGCUGUAUAAAAAUGGGCUGAAACUUGGCUAAUGGUACUCUGUUUUCAACUUGUAGGGCUGAAACAAACCAACGUCACCUUGGUUUACAGGAGGCUCAUCCUUUGCUUCCCAAGAGGCCUUAUUUGUAUGGGAACCUAGGAAUGGACAAAGAAAAUGAUUUGCUUGUCAAAAGAAAAUAUGCAUUUGAACCUGAAAGUCGAGGAAAACUGUUUGAUGAUAUGACAAACAAUGGUUUUGCAGUUGGUCGACAUCUACCUGAACUAGGAUUUGGACAACAGAAUCUUCCUCAUGGAUACAUUCGGCCAAGAAUAUUAUCUGACUUCCGAUAA